GCUCGUGCUCGACACCCCAAAUAAAUGGCCAGCAUCAACAGCAAGAGGAUAGCACACGCGACGCGACGCCAGGCCAGACAAGCUUCUGCUGGUACAACACUGUGGAGAAGGAACAGCCUCAGCAAUGGCGUCGUUGAUCUCUGUUCACUGCUGCCCUCUACUGCGACCUUCUUCGAUCUCCGCAAGGACACCGGUGCCCAGGCGAGUAAUCAGAAGAGGAACGAGGAGGCCGCUGCGGAGAUGCCUCUGCUCUCAAUACGCCGACGAACGGCAGCCGCCGGACUCGCCGCCGCAGCUGGAGCGCCUCUUCUCCAACCUCAACCAGGCGACCAUGGAGCACGAGCCUGGAAGCCUCACCAGUGCCAUCUUCCUAGUGGCUGGCACAACGGUUGGGGCAGGUAUCCUCGCAAUCCCUGCAGUCACACAAGAAGCUGGGUUCUUGACCUCUGCAGUUACAUGCAUUUCCUGCUGGUUAUACAUGGUUGUGACAGGGUUGCUAGUUGCUGAAGUAAACGUCAAUACAAUGUGUGAGCUAGGAUCUGGAGGUGUCUCCCUGGUCUCAAUGGCUAUGCGCACUCUAGGGACAUUUGGAGUAAGAACAGCCUGCUUAUCCUAUUUAUUUAUACAUUAUGCGCUUCUUGUCGCAUACGUGGCACGCUCUUCAGAUAUCAUAACAGACACAUUGGGUAUUCCAUUAUGGGAGAGUGCUACCCUGUUUUCACUGGCUUUUGGGGGAAUUUGUUACUUUGGAAGCCAGCGACUGAUCGGUGCAGUAAAUGGAUUUCUGGUAGUUGGCAUCCUAACGUCCUUCACUUCUCUUGUUUAUAAACAGGUGGUUGCAAGUGGAAACCUACAGUGGAGUUCUCUUCUUGAAGCGAAUUUUGCUGCUGCUCCACAAAGUAUACCAAUAAUUGCUCUUUCAUUUGUAUACCAGAAUGUAGUUCCUGUUCUCUGUACAAAUUUGGAGGGAGACCUGUCAAAAGUACGAACAGCUAUCAUAGCGGGUACUGCCAUACCACUGGCUCUGUUCCUAGUGUGGGAUGGUGUAAUCCUGGGAACACUUCCUGGAAUUGCAGGGAGCAGCACUGUUUCUGAUCCAUUAGAACUACUUAGAUCAAGUAAUGGGAUAGUGGGGCCUAUUGUUGAGGCGUUCUCAUUUCUCGCAAUAGGCACAUCAUACAUUGGAUUUGUUCUAGGACUCUCAGACUUCCUAGCAGACUUGCUUAAACUACCAAGUGGCCAGAACAAACCGCUGCCAUAUUUAUUAACUCUGCUCCCUCCACUUCUUCUGUCCCUGCUUGAUCCGGAGAUAUUUUUCAAUGCACUGGACUUUGCAGGAACUUAUGGAGUUCUAGUACUCUUUGGAGUUUUUCCUGCAGCUAUGUCUUGGUCAGAGAGAUAUUCAGAUGAGUCGGAAGCCCCCGUACCCCCUAUCGUCCCAGGAGGAAAACUUACUCUCUCGGUUGUUAUGGGAGGUGCAUUGCUUGUUAUUGUUUCAGAGGUAAUCAAGGAUGUAAUGCAACUACAAGGGCUACACUGACAAUCAGUGCAGUUAGCUAGUAUAGUCAAAAGCAAUCAAAUGCAGUUUGCAGUUUCAUCAAGCAUCGAUGUUGAGUUGAACCGUUCCAAUGAGAUUCGCAGGAGAUAUUUAUCGUCAAAUAAGAGCAAGUAUUACAAGGCACACUCACCUGGCGAAGAGAGCAGCCACAUCAUCCGAAUCAAACGUAACGUGGAGGAGCGAGAAACGAGGAAAGAGAAAAAACGGGCGUGUCGUGAGUCAGCCGGCGCAAAGCGGGCGCGUGCGCUGCCAUUAGCUGCGCUGCUGCUGCGCACACCGCCCAUUGGCCGGAUGGGUUGCGCCGCUCGCUGCCGCUCCUGCUCCAGCAUUUAAUGCUCGCCCACGCUGGCUUUCUUUUCGCCGGCUGCUAGCGCAACCAUAAAACUUGCUCUAAGGCUGUUUCCAACAAAGACCCAAGGCGAAUGCGGAAAACACCGCGUAUCCGCACCCUGGCCCACCACAGGCGCUGCGGAGAGAAGACGCCCGUUCCAGCAGCGCACGGAUGCGGACGCGUAAAGGGGCACGGAUAAGACGUUCGCAUCCGCAAGCUGUGAUCCAACAGGCAUGUGCAAAGUACUGUAGGUCCCGGCACUAUCAACCUUUUUCACUGCACAGAGAAGAAAUAGGGAG